UGUUUUUUUUUUAAUUGAAAAAUGGAACUUUGUGCAACCUAGUAUAACUUGUAUCUUAUUUUACCUUAGAAUUUAGAGUAAAUAACACUUACCUCCUGUAGUUUGAACUUUAUGCAGAUGAUCCUCUAAUACUUUCAAUAUAGUACAUAACUUCCUUAUAUUUUAUAUAUAAAGUUAUAAACACAUAUCCCUCUUGAUCUUUUCUAAUAAGCACGAUUAUGUACCAAGUGGAAUAGGGUAGUUAUGUGCAUAAAAUUCAAAUUACAGGAUUCAUGUGCUGAAAUUUAAAGUAAUAGGGGUCAAUGUGCACAAAGUUAAAACUACAUGGAUUGAAGUGCUAUUAUACAUUUGAAUUUUAUUUUGACUCUCGAGUCUUGAACAGCAACUUCUAACCAAAAUAUUUUCAGUCAUUUGGAAGUCUCUUUACGGUAGUGGUCAACCCCAGUCAACUCUCUCUCUCUCUCUCUCUCUCAUCUCUCUCUCCUCCAUUUAUACAACUGAGUUCACACACACUCACAAAAGCAAUAUAUACUUGAAUCCAACAUCACUCCACAAUCAAAUAAAACAAUAAUAAAAUUCAGAAAAGAAAUAAAAAUAAAAUCUUGAUGAUGGGUUAUCUCUCAUGUAAAGCAGAAUCAUCAAUCUCCACCGCCGACCACCACCACCACCGCCGCCGCCCGGAAAAAGAACCAACAGAAAAAAAACCCACCAAAAAAUUCCAAGAAUUCAGCUACAAAGACCUCGAAUCAGCCACAAACAACUUCUCCCAAACGAAACUCCUCGGCCGGGGUAGCCACGGCCUCGUCUACAAGGGCGUCCUCCCCUCCGGCCGCCACGUCGCCGUUAAGAAACCCUCCCGAACCACCACCACCGCCGCCGCAAGAACCCCCAUCUCCGGCGACCACAGCAACCCGAACGAAGUCGACAACGAAAUCGAAAUCUUGUCCAAUCUCCACAGCCCGAGAUUAGUCAAUCUCAUCGGCUUCACAAAAUCCGACCACCACAAAGAUCGCCUUUUAGUUGUCGAAUUCAUGAGCAACGGCACUCUUUACGAUGUUCUUCAUUCAAAUUCAAAUUCACGGCCGCCGCCGCCCAAUUGGGGCCGGAGAAUUAAGCUUGCCCUUCAAACCGCGAAAGCAAUCGAAACCCUCCAUUCGUCGAACCCGCCCGUAAUCCAUCGGGAUAUAAAGUCCGCCAACGUUUUGAUCGACAGCAAUUUCGACGCGAAACUAGGCGAUUUUGGAUUGGCGCUACGAUGCGUGGAUGAUCAUAAACUAAGAUCAACUCCGCCCGCCGGAACAAUGGGGUAUUUGGAUCCGUGUUACUUAACCCCCGAUAACUUGAGCACGAAAACCGACGUUUUUAGUUUCGGCAUUUUGCUUUUGGAGAUCAUUAGCGGGAGGAAAGCGAUCGACGUUUUCUACUCUCCGCCAUCGAUGUUGGAUUGGGCGAUUCCGUUGAUUCGGAGAGGGAAGUUUUUGUCCAUAUACGAUCCGAGGGUUGUGCCGCCGAAGGACGGCUCCGUGAGGAAGAUGCUAGCGGUGGUGGCGGCGAAAUGCGUGAGGACUUCUAGAGAGAGAAGGCCGGUCGGAUUAGUAAUGGGAAUACUAGGAGAGUGCAUUCGGAAUUAGGGUUGCGGAGUAAUUUGAUGGAGUUAAUGUCCGGCCCUAAUGGCGAGUCUAGGUUUCUUGUUUAAAGUUCGCUUCGCGAGAAUUUACCGAUUAAAUUUUGGAAUAUUCGAAAUGAUGAUAUUAUAUUAUUGAAGAUUUUUA